GUCCUCCCCUUCGAGUAAAAUUUUCGGUAAACGAAAUAAUAGAGGAAGAGCCAUCCGAAAAAGAAGAGAAGAAUGAUGCGCCGCUGCAAAAAAAUGAAAUAGAUAACAAAAAAGCCAUUUCACCACCAAUAAUUCAGCCAGUCUCCUUUAACGAACCGAAUUCGAAUAAAUCGGGGAAGAUAUUUAAGGUCAACAAUAAUGAAUUUCGACUGAUACACCUUAUUGGUCGAGGCGGCACGAGCAAGGUGUACAAGGUCCAACAUGAGAAUGGACAAAUAUAUGCUUUAAAAAAGGUUGUUUUUACUCCGAGUGACCAAUCUUCGUGUUCAUGUUAUAUCAACGAGGUAAAUCUAUUGAGAAAACUCGCGAAUCGUGAGAGUAUUGUCCGACUCUACGACGCAGAUGUUAAUUGUGAGAAAGGAUACUUAUUGAUGGUUGACUUGGCAAAUGUACUGAGUCAAUCUAGAAAUAAUAAUCCAUUAAAUUUGGAACAAAUAAAAAUAUAUUGGAAACAGAUGCUUCAAGCAGUAUGGACCAUUCAUCAAGAAAAUAUCGUACAUACCGACUUAAAGCCUGCUAAUUUCAUAAUAGUUGGUGGUUCAUUAAAGUUAAUCGAUUUUGGGAUUGCAAAAAUGAUUGCAUUAGAUAAAACCAGCGUUCACACCAGUUCUCAGAUAGGAACACCCAAUUACAUGUCACCUGAAGCUCUCUGUGGAAUCAAUGGGACUUCCGGAGCAAAAAUAAUAAAGUUAGGACCUGCAUGCGAUGUAUGGUCCUUAGGGUGUAUUCUGUACCAAAUGGUAUAUAGCUGUACACCAUUUCAAGUAUUCUCGGGAAUGGAAAAAUUUAACAAAAUUCAGGAUCCAUCUUAUCAUAUUAAAUUUCCGACUACAUCAUCAUCCUCAUCACAAAAUAAUAAUGAACCAAUUCAAGUUGAUAAUAAUUUAUUGAGAAUUAUGAAAGGUUGUCUUUUGCGCAUGCCGAAAGAAAGGCCGACCAUUUCGGAAUUAUUAUCGGAUCCAUUCUUAGAGGAGCCUGAAAUACCUUCGAUACUUUCUGAUGUUGUACGUGAAGUAUUAAAAUAUGCUGGCAAUACCGAAAAUGCUGAUUCAAUUACAAAGUGA